UUUGCUUGAAUCAUUCUUCGUAUUUUCUCUUCCUUCUGCCAUUCUUUAUUCCCAUUAAACCUGGCAUCUCAAAGAGAGAGAGCUCCCAUGGCCAUGCUUUCUUUUGCUGCUUCAAUGGCUUUUCUUACCCUCCUCCUCCUCCUCUGCUUCUCGUCUCUCUUACAUGUGACAGUGGAAGCACAGCCCUACCGAAACAUAAGUCUAGGCUCUUCUUUAUCUUCUCUUGACAACAGCGCAUCCUGGAUCUCCCCCUCUGGUGAGUUCUCCUUUGGCUUCUCGAGGAUUGGUGACAAUCUAUACGUCGGUGUUCGUUAUGAAAAGAUCCCCGAAAAGACUCUAGUUUGGGCAGCAAACAGAGACAGGCCCGCCCCACCUGGUUCCACUGUAGAGCUAACCAACAAUGGUCUGCUUGUCAUAAAUGAUGCAAAUGGCAAACCGUUUUUCAGCAUUGGAGGCAGUUCAGGUGGUAGCGCCAUCACGCAGGCUGCCAUGCUAGACACAGGCAACCUGGUGCUUCAGAGCUCACCUGGAUCUGAGUUCAAGUGGCAGAGCUUCGACUCGCCCACCGAUACCAUUCUCCCCACUCAAACACUUUCUGUAGACUACAAACUCUAUGCUCCAAUGUCACCAACCAUUCUCUCCACCGGCCGGGACUAUAUCGUAAUGCAAAGUGAUGGCAACUUUGUUAGCUAUAGUGAUAUAUCGGAACCAACUUAUGCAUCAAAUACUGAUGGAACAAAGGGAAGGUUGGUGUUUGACGAGUCUGGAAAAAUCUCCAUCUUCCAGUGGGAAAAGAAUACGACUGUUGAGAUAACACCUGCAAGCCGGAUUCCCAAGCCAAGCAAAGACUUCUACUUCAGAGGAACGAUUGACAAUGAUGGGAUCUUCAGGCUCUAUAAUUACCCCAAGGGAAGAAGCAAUUCUUGGUCGAAGUCCUGGAACGUCAUCUGGGAAACUCAAGAUUCUUCAUGUGAAAUGCCGGGCAUUUGUGGGCAGAAUGGUUACUGCGUUGGAAAAAACAAAGGCUUUGAUUGCUUGUGCCCGAGCGGUUUCUCUUAUGCGGAUGCCAAUAACAAAGUUCUUGGUUGCAACCAGGAUGUCCCAAUCAUAGACUGCGGACAGUACAAUCCAGAUGACUAUGGUCUGGAGACGAUUGAUAAUGUGAAUUUUGCUGGUGGGGACUAUGCUGUUAAAUCAAAUAUUGACGAGGCUGGAUGCAGAGAUUGGUUCUUGGCUGAUUGUUAUUGCACUUUAGCUGUCUAUUCGGACUCAAACUGCUACAAGAAGCGGAUGCCAUUGCGUAGUGGUAAGGUGGCAGGUGGUUCUAAAGCUUUCGUGAAGGUAUCACUGGACAACAGUUCCCCGCUUGAAGGAGGAGGUCCCUCCAACAUCACAUCCAAUGGCAGGAGCAAUUGGUCACGAUUUGGUGUCGUCAAAGUUGUUUUGUUUGUCAUCUCGGUAACUAUUUUUAUCCUUAUCAUUAUUGAGAGUAUCAUUCUAAUAUGCCACAGGAGAAGGAAUGUACAUAGACAAGAAAAACUAGUAGGUUCUAUGCAGCCUGAGAUUAAGUUGAUGAGAUUCAGUUACAAAGAACUCGAGAAGGCAACCAGGAAUUUCAAGGAGAAGUUGGGCAGCGGCUCUUUUGGCACUGUUUACAGAGGGAUGAUGGUUUUUACAUAUGGUCAGAAGCCUAUUGCUGUGAAGCAAUUGGACAAGUUGAUGGAAAAUGGGGACAAGGAAUUCAGAACAGAAGUGAGCGUGAUCGGAAGAACACAUCACAAAAACCUUGUCCAACUGCUGGGUUUCUGUGACGAGGGUUCUCAUAGAUUAUUAGUGUAUGAGUACAUGGAACAGGGCUCUCUGUCAAGCUUCCUCCUUGGAAGCAUUAGGCCAGAGUGGAACACAAGAGUCCAAAUUGCAUUUGGUAUAGCCAGAGGGCUCAUGUACCUCCAUGAAGAAUGUAGUACACAGAUCAUACACUGUGAUAUUAAGCCAGAAAACAUACUUCUUGAUGGCAAUCUCAUUCCCAAAAUUUCCGAUUUCGGACUGGCCAAGCUUCUCAGACACGAUCAAACGAAGACCAACACAGACAUAAGGGGAACAAGAGGUUAUGUAGCCCCAGAAUGGUUUAGGAAGAUGGCUGUCACAGUUAAGGUUGAUGUUUAUAGUUAUGGAGUGAUGUUGCUGGAGAUUAUAUGUUGUAGGAAGACUGUGGAGAUCAAUAUGAUGAAUGAGCCGUCGGGGAUACUUGUUGAUUGGGCCUAUGAUUGCUUCGUCGGGCAACAAUUGGAGACGUUGGUGGAGCACGAUGAAGAUGCCAAGAAUGACAUGAAGAAGGUGAGAAAGAUGGUGAUGGUAGCACUGUGGUGCAUUCAAGAAGACCCAUCACUUAGGCCAACAAUGAAGAAGGUGACGCAAAUGCUUGAAGGCGCAGUUGAUGUUGCCAUCCCACCCAACCCUUCCUCUUUCGUAAGCUCAAUGGGCUGAGAAGAACUCUGUCACUAUACACCACACAAAAUGUGGGAGAUGUUUGAAUAAUGUGUUCUACUUGCUUCAGUGAAGCUUGAUUAAUACGUCUUCUUGUUUCAAUUUAAUUUCCAAACGAGUGCAAUUUGACAUCAAUGAUUUGUUGUCAAAGAAUAAAGUGUAGGCUAUCUUUUUUUGAGUUGUAUCUAAUCUGUUGCUCUCUUCCAGUUCUACUCUGGAAUAAAACGUUCGAAUGAAGGCAAUAUUAGUUUUU